AUGCUUAGCUCAGUCUGCGUCUCGUCCUUCCGCGGGCGCCAGGGGGCCAGCAAACAGCAGUCGGCGCCGCCGCUGCAGCCACCCGAGUCCCCGCCGCCGCUGCCCCCGCCGGCGCCGCUGCAGCAGCAGCAGCAGCAGCAGCCUGCGCAGCCCGGCUCCGCCGCGUUUGCGGCGGGCCCCCCGGCACCCCGCGGGCCCGGGGGCCGGCGCGCCGAGCCAUGCCCCGGGCUGCCGGCGGCGGCCAUGGGGCGGCACGGCGGCGGCGGUGGCGACAGUGGCAAGAUCGUGAUCAACGUGGGCGGCGUGCGCCAUGAGACGUACCGCUCGACGCUGCGCACCCUGCCGGGGACGCGGCUGGCCGGCCUGACGGAGCCCGAGGCGGCGGCGCGCUUCGACUACGACCCGGGCGCCGAUGAGUUCUUCUUUGACCGGCAUCCGGGUGUCUUCGCCUACGUGCUCAACUAUUACCGCACCGGCAAGCUGCACUGCCCGGCCGACGUGUGCGGGCCGCUCUUCGAGGAGGAGCUCGGCUUCUGGGGCAUCGACGAGACCGACGUGGAGGCCUGCUGCUGGAUGACCUACCGGCAGCACCGGGACGCCGAGGAAGCACUCGACUCCUUUGAGGCACCCGACCCCGCAGGCGCAGCCAACGCCGCCAACGCCGCGGGCGCUCACGACGCGGGCCUGGACGACGAGGCGGGCGCGGGCGGCGGCGGCCUGGACGGCGCUGGCGGCGAGCUCAAGCGCCUCUGCUUCCAGGACGCGGGCGGCGGCGUCGGGGGCCCGCCAGGGGGCGCGGGCGGCGCGGGCGGCACGUGGUGGCGCCGCUGGCAGCCCCGCGUGUGGGCGCUCUUCGAGGACCCCUACUCGUCGCGGGCCGCCAGGUAUGUGGCCUUCGCCUCCCUCUUCUUCAUCCUCAUCUCCAUCACCACCUUCUGCCUGGAGACCCACGAGGGCUUCAUCCACAUCAGCAACAAGACGGUGACGCAGGCCUCCCCCAUCCCGGGGGCUCCGCCGGAGAACAUCACCAACGUGGAGGUGGAGACGGAGCCCUUCCUGACCUACGUCGAGGGCGUGUGCGUCGUCUGGUUCACCUUCGAGUUUCUCAUGCGCAUCACCUUCUGCCCGGACAAGGUGGAGUUUCUCAAGAGCAGCCUCAACAUCAUCGACUGUGUGGCCAUCCUGCCCUUCUACCUUGAGGUGGGGCUCUCGGGCCUCAGCUCCAAGGCCGCCAAGGACGUGCUGGGCUUCCUGCGGGUCGUCCGCUUCGUCCGAAUCCUGCGCAUCUUCAAGCUCACGCGCCACUUCGUGGGGCUGCGUGUGCUGGGCCACACGCUGCGUGCCAGCACCAACGAGUUUCUGCUGCUCAUCAUCUUCCUGGCGCUGGGCGUCCUCAUCUUCGCCACCAUGAUCUACUAUGCCGAGCGCAUCGGCGCGGACCCCGAUGACAUCCUAGGCUCCAACCACACCUACUUCAAGAAUAUCCCCAUCGGCUUCUGGUGGGCCGUGGUCACCAUGACGACCCUGGGCUACGGAGACAUGUACCCCAAGACGUGGUCGGGGAUGCUGGUCGGGGCGCUGUGUGCCCUGGCCGGGGUGCUCACCAUCGCCAUGCCUGUGCCCGUCAUUGUCAACAACUUUGGCAUGUACUACUCGCUGGCCAUGGCCAAGCAGAAGCUGCCCAAGAAGAAGAACAAACACAUCCCCCGGCCCCCGCAGCCCGGCUCGCCCAACUACUGCAAGCCCGACCCGCCCCCGCCGCCCCCGCCCCACCCGCACCACGGCAGCGGCGGCAUCAGCCCCCCACCGCCCAUCACCCCGCCCUCCGUGGGGGUGACUGUGGCCGGCGCCUACCCGCCUGGGCCCCACACGCACCCGGGGCUGCUCAGGGGGGGAGCGGGUGGGCUCGGGAUCAUGGGGCUGCCCCCGCUGCCGGCCCCUGGGGAGCCUUGCCCGUUGGCUCAGGAGGAGGUGAUUGAGAUCAACCGGGCAGAUCCCCGCCCCAAUGGGGACCCUGCAGCAGCUGCGCUUGCCCACGAGGACUGCCCAGCCAUCGACCAGCCCGCCAUGUCCCCAGAAGACAAGAGCCCCAUCACCCCUGGGAGUCGUGGCCGCUACAGCCGGGACCGAGCCUGCUUCCUCCUCACCGACUACGCCCCUUCCCCUGAUGGCUCCAUCCGGAAAGCUCUUGUCACCGCCUGAGACCUCGCGAGACCCUCGGUCCCCCCCUGCCCCUUCCCCCCAGGUUACGAGAAAUCCCGCAGCCUGAGCAGCAUCGCGGGCCUGAGCGGGGUGUCCCUGCGCCUCGCGCCCCUUGCCACCCCCCCUGGCUCUCCCAGGGCCGCCCGCCGCGCUCCCCCAACCCUGCCCUCCAUCCUCUAGCGCUCCCCUCCCCCCCGUGGGGGGACUCGGGGGUGACAGGGAAGAAGGUCAAAGGAGCUGGGGGUGGGGGGUGGGGAAAGGGUUUUUUUUUAAAAAAAAUCAAAAAGUCAUUAAUAAUAUGCAACCGAGACGACGACGCCAGCAGACACCCCCGGGCCCCUCGCCCCAACCUGGGCCUCCAGGAUGGAGGGGGAGGAGCCAAAGCCCAUCCCCCCCAACUCUUCGCCCCCCUAAAAAAGCCUUCUCAGGUCUCCAUGAGCCAUAGGACACCCCCUCCCAUUAACUCGUGUAAAUACGUCCAAACUAUGCCAAUUACGUUUUGGGGCACCCCAACUCUGCAUGCCUCCCCGAAUCUGGACCCCGCCCCCUCCAACUCCACCUCAGCAAUAAGCCGCCAGGGGCUGCAUGCUGCGUUUGAGGGAAGGGGGUGAGGACCUCCAGGGGGGAAUCAGGCUGGCCAUUAAGCCACAGGAGGGUCUCCUAUCCUACCCUUCACCGCAGGAGGGCAACCCGGCACGCACGGACUUAAAAAAAAAAAAAAAAAAAAUUAGCAGCUAUGUGGGGGAAGGAGGAACCCAAGC